ACUUAAUACUGAACCCAUUACUUUUCCAAGAUCAGAAAAAUAUUACACUAACGAGAACCAUUUCUCCGUCUCAUUCAGAUAAGAAUUCAAGCUUUGACAUUGUAAACCACAGACGAAUUGGAGCCUGGCAUUGAAAAGAGGUGUUCUGAAACGAUUUUUUUCCUUGUCUAAAGAAGUUUACUUCUACAAGAGGGAAUCUGAAAAAUGACAGGGGCAAAGAGGGAAAAGAAAAGCGUGCUCUGGAGCAAGAUGCACGCCCCGCGUUGUGAGGACCUGAAACAGUGGUGUCGGAGGCGGCUACCUAUUUUGGAAUGGGCGCCACAUUAUAAUCUGAAAGAAAACUUGCUUCCAGACACUGUGUCUGGGAUAAUGUUGGCAGUUCAACAGGUGACACAAGGGUUGGCCUUUGCUAUUCUCUCAUCUGUGCACCCAGUCUUUGGUUUAUAUGGGUCUCUGUUUCCUGCCAUCAUUUAUGCCAUAUUUGGAAUGGGACGUCAUGUUGCCACAGGCACCUUUGCCUUGACAUCCUUAAUAUCAGCCAAUGCAGUGGAACGGCUCGUCCCUCUGAGCAGCCAGAACCUCACCACACAGAGUAACACAAGUGUGCUGGGCUUGUCUGACUUUGAGAUGCAGAGGAUCGGUGUUGCUGCAGCCGUCUCCUUCUUGGGAGGUGUGAUUCAGGUGGCCAUGUUUGUGCUACAAGUAGGCAGCGCCACAUUCCUGCUCACAGAGCCUGUCAUCAGUGCAAUGACAACUGGGGCUGCCACCCACGUCGUGACUUCACAAGUCAAAUAUCUCUUGGGAAUGAAAAUGCCAUAUAUAUCUGGACCACUUGGAUUCUUUUACAUCUAUGCAUAUGUCUUUGAGAACAUCAAGUCUGUCCAAUUGGAGGCUCUGCUCCUAUCCUUGCUGAGCAUCGUGGUGCUUGUUCUGGUUAAAGAGCUGAAUGAACAGUUUAAAAGGAAAAUUAAAGUUGUUCUUCCUGUCGAUUUAGUUUUGAUCAUCGCUGCAUCAUUUGCUUGUUAUUGUACCAAUAUGGAAAACACGUAUGGAUUAGAAGUAGUUGGUCAUAUUCCAAAAGGAAUCCCUCCACCUAGAGCUCCCCCAAUGAACGUCCUCUCUGCAGUGAUCACUGAAGCUUUCGGAGUGGCACUUGUAGGCUACGUGGCCUCACUGGCUCUUGCUCAAGGGUCUGCCAAAAAAUUCAAAUAUUCAGUUGAUGACAACCAGGAGUUUUUGGCUCAUGGGCUCAGCAAUGUGAUUCCUUCAUUUUUCUUCUGCAUACCAAGUGCUGCCGCCAUGGGCAGGACCGCUGGCCUCUACAGCACCAAAGCCAAGACACAGGUGGCUUGUCUAAUAUCUUGCAUUUUUGUGCUGAUAGUCAUCUAUGCAAUAGGACCUUUGCUUUACUGGCUGCCCAUGUGUGUUCUUGCAAGUAUUAUUGUCGUGGGACUGAAGGGAAUGCUAAUACAGUUUCGUGAUUUAAAAAAAUAUUGGAAUGUGGAUAAAAUCGAUUGGGGCAUAUGGGUCAGUACAUAUAUAUUUACAAUAUGUUUUGCUGCCAAUGUAGGGCUGCUGUUUGGUGUUGUCUGUACCAUAGCUAUCGUGAUUGGUCGCUUCCCAAGAGCAAAGACUCUGCAUGUAAAAAACAUAAAAGAAAUAGAAUUUAAAGUGAAGACAGAAAUGGAUGGCGAAACCCUGCAGCAGGUGAAAAUUAUCUCAAUAAACAAUCCACUUGUUUUCCUGAAUGUGAAGAAGUUUCAUACCGAUCUAAUAAAUGUAAUCCAAAAGGAAAAUGCCAGCAACCAGUUACAGGAUGAUAUCAGCAAGUGUGAACAAAACACAUUGCUCAAUUCUCUAUCCAAUGGCAACUGCAAUGAAGAAGCUUCACAGCCCUGCCCGAAUGGGAAGUGUUCUUUAAUCCUGGAUUGCAGUGGAUUGACCUUUUUUGACUAUUCUGGAGUCUCCAUGCUUGUUGAGGUUUACAUGGACUGUAAGAGCCGGAGUGUGGAUGUAUCAUUAGCCCAUUGCACAGCUUCCUUGAUAAAAGCAAUGAAGUACCGUGGAAACCUAGACUCAGAGAAACCAGUUUUUUUUGAAUCAAUAUCUGCUGCAAUAAGUAACAUCCAUUCAAAUAAGAAUCGGGGCAAACUCAGUGACCACAGUGAAGUCUGAGAGCCUCUUGCGGCAGCACAGCUCUUGUCUUGAGCAUCCGCCCUGAGGAAGCCACUCUCCAGCAUUUUGCACACCCUUUUUAGAUCCUACAGAUGACCUCCACCACAAGUGUGAUGUGACUUAGCAACCACCUAGCCACUGGUCAAGAUUUGUCAACAAGUUUUUCUAAUCUUUGUUAGUAAGCAGAUUCACUUAGCAGGUUAUUAUAUAGUUGUUUUAUAAAAAUCAGUAUGCAUGUAGUUUUAGUGUACUGAAAGGUAAAAAUGAAUUUAUUUCUUUUUACUACAGGAUUUUGUGUUGUUUUACUUCUACUUUGUUGUAACUUAAUUUGUAAAACUGAGAAAGACUUUGUUAUAAGAGAUUUGGAACAUUUGCAAACCGUUUGUAAAAAUCCAGUGUCAUCUAUAACUAAUACAUAAAGACAACUUAGCACACGUGGCAUCUUCCUCUACCAAAAAAGCCGUUAAACAUCAAUAAGGUUACAUGUUACUUUAUACAAUAUGACAUGAAAUUCACAGAAGAUAAGUCAAACAAAAACAAAGACAAACUAGAAACGCUUGUUCUCCAUACAUUUCCACACAUGAAAACCUUCAGGAAUAUUUUCAAGACAACUGGUAUCCCAGUGAAACCAAGUUCUUGAUGUUGCUCUCUUUUGCUGUGAAUAUUGGAAAUGCUUGGGAUCUUCAGACCUGAUAGCCCUAAUUUCCAUGUUGCAUGUAAAAGUCUCUGUUUUCAGCUUAAGUUUUCUUGGAGCCAAAGAAUGUGAAUGUUUCACAUUUUAUAUUUUUUCAAAAAUAUGAUUUUUAAAUGAGAAAAUACCAGCAGUAGAAUGGCUUUUUGCCAUAUAAGAUUGACUAUAAUAGUUUGAGACUUUUCUACUUCAGAGAGACAGUCAAUAUAAUACUACAUUUUCUCUCUCUCUAUCUGUAUAGGUAGAUAGAUGGAUCUCCAUAGUAUGUUUUUCUUUUUCUUUCAUUAGAGGAGAGCUUGGAUAUGUGAUUAUCUGUAAACCCACCAAACCAGCAGGGCAAUUGACAAACACCACAGGUGAGGCUGGCCUGUAUAAGUUAUUAUUUUCAUGCUUGUACAUAUAUUUUCAAUCACAUACAAUUACACAGUUUCAUAUUUUUAUCUAGCAAUUUGAUUCACUUAAGAAAUCUCACUUUCAAAGAUAGGUGUAGAUACAUAAUUAUGUUUAAGUUUUAAGGUGUUUAAGUGUCCUAGAAAUUACCAGUGUAACAAAAAGCCAAGUACUUUAAAGUGAGUUUGAGUAGUAGGUUGAAAAAAAAUUAAAAGACUGACAGUUUAGGUGUUUCUGUGGACAUCUGUAAGAAUAAAUUCUAGUGCCUACCAACGAUGUAACAGUGCCUAGCAAAUGUACAGUAAACAUUCAUUUGGCUCUUUUUUCUUUUUUUUUUUUUUGUGAGGAAGAUCGGCCGUGAGCUAACAUCUACCAAUCCUCCUCUUUGCUGAGGAAGACUGCCCCUGGGCUAACAUCCGUGCCCAUCCUCCUCCACUUUAUGUGGGACGCCGUCACAGCAUGGUUUGCCAAGCGGUGUGUGGCUGCGUGCCCAGGAUCCGAACUGGCAAACCCUGGGCCACCGCAGCGGAGUGCACGCACUUAACCGCUUGCGCCCUCAUUUGGCUCUUAAUUUUAACAGUAGGUCCUAGGUAGGACCAUGUAAUAAAAUGAAAGCAAAAUAAUAAAUGUUUCAAAUUCUCAUAACUCAGCCACUUCAAUUUUAUUUGACGUGAACUACAAAGAAUAAUCUUUGUCCUACGGGUAGCCUCAAUCCCUUCACUCACUGGGCUUGAAGUGGCGAGGUCAACUGUCAUUCCCAUCAAAUGCUGUUCCAAGAAAAGGUGGAGGUAAUAAUUGGAGGUAAAAUUUCCUUAGGGAAAGGAAUUUCACUCUGCUUUGUCCAAUUAAAUUAUUCCCAUGGUGGAUGGUGGUAACAUUCAUCAUCUCUAAUCCAUUGGUCAUUGGCACAUAAACGUGAGUUGAAAAAAGAAAAUAUAUUUUGCUAUGUAUAAAUUGAUAUUUUUCUAUGAGACUUUGGCCUGUAAUUAAAUUCAUGCACUGCAGGCAUUUUCUAAUUUGUUAGAGAUUAUGGAACAUAGAUGGCAUUAAAAUCAUUGUAGUUAAUCUAUGGAUGCUUUGUUCUAUUUUAUUGUUAAAGCCGACACAGUAUUGUCCGAGCAGAUGUAUUCGGUGCAUUUCAGUGUUUAUAGUAGAAGUUUAAUGGAUGAAACUUAAAAGCCAACAACUUUGGUGUCAAAUGUUAAUAUUAGUUUCAAAGUAAAGUAAGACCAACACAUCACCAUAUAUAGCCCUUUGUUCUAAUGCUUAUCCUGCGUAUCAAGGUCAUAAUGACUGUUGACCUGGAGGAACUCCCUGAAAUUGAGUUCUGGGAGCCUGGUAGUUUAAUAUGAGUUAUAGACACACAAGAUUCUAAAAUAUAAAUGUUUAUUUCAAAGUAGGCAUUAACAACACAAGAACUAUAAUAUGAUCCUGAUGCUAGAAUGUUUCUAGUCAUGCUGAAUUAUUUUUAUGACAUCACCUUAUUUUUGUAUAUGAUAAACUACUUCCAUAUUACUUAUUAUGGCAAAAUAAAAUUGGAAAAAAUUAAAAUUAACCUAUAAGAGUGUUAAGGACCUAAUAGAAUGACAUAUAUAAAUUAACCAUAAAAUAUGUAACCAGGAAAAGACUGUUAACAUUACAUUUAUGCAAAUUAAAUGCCCUUAAAUUUUACCAUUUGUCUUUCAUUUUAAAGGUUAUUUACCCCCGAUUAUAUGAUUCAAGUGUUAUAAGGUCUAACUUGAACUACUUUGCAGUAAUUUAUUUGACAGAUCUCUAUUUCUAUAAAUGUGUAAUGUAAUGAGGAAAGAGAUCUUUCUUUUUUAAUGAAAACAUUAAUGUGUUAAUACUCCUGUAUGGGUAAUGUUUGACAUUUGGUGGUUACCAAAAUAUAUCAAAAUGUUGUUGAACAUACAUAUGCCUCAGAAAUGCAUGUUCUGUUUUCUUGUGGCUGAUGAUCUAAUUCAAUAUAGAAUAUGCUUUUUGGCAAUGAAUUUGUUGCCAGAUUUCAAAUAGGGAGUUAAGUGGUGCUUUCACAAUCCAAAGAUUUUAGUUGAAAAUCAUGUAGUCUAAUAUGCU